AUGGGUGUCGAUGUCAACCCUGGCAUUCGUUCUUAUAUGCUUGCUAUACAAAAGACAGUCUCAGUCUCAACCCGUACGCCCCCUCCCCCUAAUACCUAUAACUAUGAACCUCGACUAACCAACUCACGGAAGAAAUACACCUUCCCACCAAUAACCCCUCUCCCAAAUUUCAACCAUGAGACCACAGACCCCAUACAGCUCCGUCCCUUCAAACCGAAAUACCACUUAACCAUGGGCCUCACAAACAUCCCCCUCUCAGACUUCCUCCCCAUCGACAACACAUACAAAUCGCGCCUCGCGCUGCGCUCAUCACUCAUCUCAAACCAUAGAGAUACAGUUAUCGGUGUCUCUGACGAUGACGGGAGAGAUACGAGGGUCAGACAAGCUGUGGAGGAGUUAUAUGCGUUUGUCAUCGGAUGGUAUCUACCGAGCCGGUAUCCGUCAAUGUUUAGGGUUAUUCCCGCACCUUCCAGCAGGAAGGGAGGCGAGGUGCUGGAGAACAAGGUAACAGGCGACACAUGGCCCACAACCCUCGCCAACACUCAAAACGCAGAAAUAGCCCUGGAAAUCCUAGGCAAAACCAUCGAUGAAGACUUCCUCAUCCUCCUCCCCAACCCUUCCACAGAGAAAUACCAUCUCUCCGCAUACAUAACCUGCUACCCGUCCGGCUUCAAUCCAGCCCGAAAGCUCGGUCUGCAGUUAUCUACGAUUCAUGCUCCUGUGCCCGGAUACGCUGAGAAACUGGAGAAAAGCAUGGAUCGGUUCUUUGCGAGGAUCGAGGUUGGGAAGGUUGGGAAGAGGGUGAAUUGGAGUGUUACGACGGGGGCGGGGCUUUUUGCGGCGUUUGGGGGAACGCAUGCGAGGGUGGGGGAAGAGUUUGAGUCCCUAGGGGCUGGAGAGUUGGAUGUUGAGUCGACGUUUCUGCGUUGUGAACGGCAGACGCUUCAUCGAUUACCGACUAGUAAAGCGUUGAUAUUCGCUUUCCAUACGUAUACGUAUCCCAUCCAGCAGAUCAAGGAUGAAGGGCUUGGCGAGGAAUUGGCUUCUGCAAUUGACGGGUUGAAAGAGGGGAAUGUGCCUGAGAUGCAUUUUUACAAACGUGGUUCUGUAUGGGGAGAGGCUGUCAAGGCGUUUUUGCGAAGUUAA